AUGACAAUCGUGACGGAACGAUGGGAGAAUACCGCGAAUGACAUAAAUCUCAAUAUAUAUAAACGAUUGAUACCAGUCGAACGCCAAAUAUUCAACUUCAAAAAGAAUGGCAUCAAAAUCGACUUAAAGGUUGUUCCAUCGGCUAAAAAUGAUUCAGUGAAAAAUAAGAACGAUGAUUAUUUUCCGGAGUUUCCCGUAAAGGAUAUAGGCAAAUGCAUUAUCAAAUUUUCGCUUGAUUGCAUCAAGAAACGUUUUAUCCGUUUCAUAGAAACAGUAAGUCAUCUCGAUGAAAUAACAUUACUUGGGCAAAAUGUAAAGUUGGUGAAGACCGGAAUAACACGUAGAUCCAAUGCUCGAUCUAUGAAUGACUCGGACGUCAGUAUCGAGCGCAGCGUAGAUGAUUUCUUCGAUUCCUUUACUCUACGUAUCACGCUGCCUAGAUGGAAUAAGCAAGAAAAGAAUCAAAUUGAUAUGAUGUUUGAUGAGACAGCUGUAGCAGAAGGACGAGGAAAGAAAGGCGGAGGAGGAGGAUGUGGUGGAGGCAAAGGCGGAAAAUGCAAGAUGAUGAUGAUGGGCAUGAUGAUGAUGCUUAAAAUGAAGCUCAUAGGAUUGAUGUCAUUAAAAAGUAUGAUGAUGGGCGGAAUGUCUCUAAUGGUUUCAAUGAUGAUGCUAAUGAGCAAAUUCGGAAAAGGAGGAGGUGGAGGAGGAGGUCCUUGGAAAGGAGGAGGCGGCGGAGGAGGAGGAGGAGGAGACUACAAAGAGAUAAUACUCCUUACAAAAUCUGCGGGCGGUGGCGGUGGCGGUGGUGGACAUAGCAGUAGUUAUGGUGCACCUCCACCAAGUAGUUACGGUGCACCUCCAUCAAGUAGUUAUGGUUCACCUUCAGGAGGCGGCGGUUAUGGAGGCGGUGGAUGGGGUCGUAGUUUCCACAACAAACGGCCGAUGAUAUACGAUAAAGAGACUAAGACAGAAAUUGCGGAUGGAUUUAAUCACAUUCCAAUGACAGGAGAAGUUAUUUCAAAUGCAGAAAGUAUUGAUUAUCUAGACUAUCAGGAUUAUCAAGAACCAUCGUCAAUUACAAAUUCAAGUUCUAGAAUUUCUAAUUGGAACACGCCAAGCUAUUCCGCUUUCCAAGACGGAGAUAUUGAUGUAAGUAUCGGUUCGGCAAAGAAUAAUUUGAAAUCAGAAGCGAUAGUAAAUGCAGAAGGAAGAAGUUUCAUCUUCAAUGAGACUCCACCUAUUAGUAUUGUAAAUGUAAUUGAAAAGACUGUUGAUACAACGACAACCACGGAGCAAUCUGUUACUCCUGAAUUCGCAAUAAAUGCGGUAUAUAUGGAUGAGUGGCAGGCUACAGCUGAAAAAACAAAUUCUAAUGUAUUAUCAACAAAUUCAAAUGAAGAAAUUAAAUUGCAGCAAACCGAAUUACGACCUAAAAAUAUACCUUUAUUACAUAAAAUUUAG